AUGCCGUUGCACGAGUACAGCGAACGCUUCCGCACGGCUUUUGAGGAGGAAUCAGACUUCACGGUCCUUGGUGUGAACUCCGGCCUUGUUUACGACACCUUCGAGCAGUCACUCUCGCCAGCGACCCCCUUCACGGUUCCGCAGGCUACAUACGUACAGGCGCUCUGGCACACGGAUGCACCCUAUGCCUCGUAUCCCUCCGCGCUGGACGAUAGACGUACACGUGAAGCUUACCACACCAGCGGGUUCGACGUAUUUUCCGCGUCGCCAGCGUCGCUCCAGAUGCACAUAACCUGUCGCUGGGAUGGCUGCGACGCCCAAGUCCAGCGCACCAAGGCUGCGGUUAGGACUCAUCUUCAAAAUUCGCACUUCAAGAAAGCGCAGUCCUCCUCCGCGAAGAAGCGCGGAGUCGCGAUCCGCUGCAGGUGGGACGGAUGCACACUCGAGCGGAUGCAUGCGACCAACGUCUGGAGGCAUGUCUACGAGAAACACGCCCACGUUACCGAGAAGGUGCAGUGCAAGCUGUGCAUGGCGGAGUUUACGCGGGUGGGGUCGCUGCGCAGGCAUCGCGAGUGCUGUCCCGGUCCAACAGCGUGA